CCUAAGCCGCCCGAACAGCUGGCGCACCACAUGAUCGAUACACGUAUAAAACCAAACGCACGUCCUCGCCAGUGUGCAGCCGAAAGCAACGUGUUCACAAGCCAAGCGCUCGCGACUGGGUGUGCAGACGACGACAAGUACCGGCGCGGUCCCAAGACGACCGCACGCACUAUGACAGCCCCCUCGCGCCCCAGCAGCCGCAUGCAGCACGCCGCCGAGCGCACGUUGCACGCAUUCCGGGCGUAAAUCGCGCCAGCGAAUCCUCUUGACAUAUCGUGUUUACAAACAGUGACAAUAUGCCAGUGACUCUGCUCGACCGGCUCCCGAUGCCCAAUCUGAGGAUGUACUCUUCGGGGAGUGUUGUGGCCCUGUCGGCGUGCGUCUAUUACGCCACCCAGGUGAUUAAGGACCCGAACUGGAGUGCCGCCGCCGAUAGCGCGGACAUCGUGGGCUUGCACAAGGAGGUGGUGGACUUGAACAAGAGCAAUGCCUCGAUGCCGGACGGCAGGAGCAUGGGACAGUAUGUUUCGGAUGUGUUUAGUGUUAUGAUCAGGGAACCCGUCUGUGUUUGGACCAUGAUUAACAUGGCCUUCUGCUGGUUGAUCCUCGUGGGAACGGCCGUCCAGAAGCUGGUUUUCGGCGAGCUAAGGGUCUCCGAGCAGCAGCACCUCAAAGACAAAUUCUGGAACUUCGUAUUUUAUAAAUUCAUUUUUGUGUUUGGAAUAAUAAACGUUCAGUACAUCGACGAGGUGCUGUUAUGGUGCUCGUGGUUUUCCCUCCUGGGAUUUCUGCAUCUGCUUUCGCAGCUCAGCAAAGAUAGGUUCGAAUACUUAUCGUUUUCGCCGACGACGCCGUUGUGGAGUCACGUGAAGCUGCUGGCCUUAUUGGGUGCCAUUUUCGCACUGUCAGGUUUCAUGUUGUUGGUGUCUGUCUUUGUGGGGUUCUUCGGGGGAUUUAAUACAUUUGCUUUCAUGUCUGCUGAGGUGGUUCUGUUGAGCAUCCGCACCCUCCACGUCAUAAUUAGAUACGCUCUCCACCUCUACGACAUGCGUCAAGAAGGCUCAUCCUCCGUAAGCACAAACGAGGAAAAUCGCGUAUGGGAGAAGAGAGGCCCCAUCGCCUACUACACAGAACUAGGGUUCGAACUCACAGCGCUAAUCAUCGACUUCGUUCAUCACCUGCACAUGCUGGUGUGGAGCAACAUAUUUCUGUCGAUGGCUAGUCUAGUCAUUUGCAUGCAGUUGCGAUAUCUUUUCCACGAAAUACAAAGGAGAUAUAAAAAACACAGAAAUUAUCUCUGGGUCAGAAACCAUCUGGAACAAAAUUAUCCGAUGGCGUCGUCCGAAGAACUCGUAGAGAACUCCGACAAUUGCGCAAUCUGUUGGGAGAAAAUGGAGUCGGCCAGGAAGUUGCCGUGUACACAUUUGUUCCAUAAUACUUGCUUGCUGUCAUGGUUAGAACAGGACACCUCCUGCCCAACGUGCCGCCUAGCCCUCAACAUCCAGAAUCCAUCGACCUCAAGAAUAGAUCCUCCAGACUUACAAGUCGACGUGCCGCAACCGCAGCGUCGGCAGCUCAACCACUUCUUUCACUUCGACGGUUCGAGAUAUGUCUCGUGGUUGCCGAGUUUCUCGGUCGAGGUGAGCCACAAUCAGCUGAUGAGACCCGAGGCUGCGCCUGCGUCGAAUUCUCAACUAGAUGCAAUGGCGCGGCAGGUUCAGCAGUUGUUCCCACAUAUACCGAUUACUACGAUCAUCAAUGACCUUAGGGUGACUCGAUCUGUGGAAAUUACUAUCGAGAAUGUGUUGGACGGGAGGUUGGUGGCGCCUGCGAUGUACAGGGAACCUGAUGUUGUGCCAUCUGCGAACAGACCGAUGUCGGUUUUGCAGACUAACUGUGAUACAAAUUUGCAGCAAGAGAGGAACUGGGAUGAGUUGAGCACAGAUCCAGUUGAAACGGAGGAUGCUAGCAGUCUGGGGAGCCGCUUCUCGAAAUCCUCAUCCGAACGUGAAAAGAUUCUGCACAGACGCAAGGAAAACCUGCUCCAAACAGCGAGAAAAAAGUACAUCGAGAAGCAAAGAGCCGCAGCUGCCGCGAAAGCAGAAUUACAAAGUUGAAGUAUUUAUUUAGUAAUAUUUUUUGGGAUAAAUCUCUUUAGACAUGAUAUAGUUGUCCCUGAUGUAACAAAUUGUUAAAGUGUACAUUGAAGAUUCGCAGUUAUAACACUGAUAUAUUUAGAUAAUAAUUAUUAUAAAUGUCUAGUAAUUAACCGCAAAAGUUGUUUCGAUGAAAUUUGGUUUGUGUUUGCGAGAUAAUCAUUUGUUUUAUUUUUGAACGCCAGGAAUUCUUCAAAAACUUUAAAAUGUGGGAGUGUAUUCGAAAAUUGUCUGUAAUAGCAUUUUAGGUAUCAGUUUCUUUGGUUUGUUUUGUUUAUGUUUUAGGAUUAUUAGCGGUCCCUGGUACCUAAACUGUUACGAAUUCUUGUUGUAAAAAGUAAUUUUGAGUUUAAUUGUGUGUAGAGUAAGGUUUUCAGUCAAUCCAAAUUGACAAAAUUAGUCAUUCGAACGUGAUAAAAUUUUCUUUGUUCUGUUGUUUUUUUAAUAGUUUAUUUAAAAUUAUUUACUUUUAUUACAGUGAAUAUAAAAGUUAUCAUUAAACAAAAUGUUCCUUGAAGAUAACUGAAAAAAAGAUACGGUACGGUAUCGUGGGCUAGUCUCAUACAUUGUGGAUUCCACUAUUCUUAAAACAUCAAAAUAUUUCUUAUCAAGCUUUGUUCAAUGCACUUAUGACUUACUUGAAUACUUUUUCAAAAUGUAGUGUACAUUGUGAUAAAAGACUGACUCUUGGUAUUUCUGUGUGAUAAUUUCACUGUCUCUUUUGUGUUUACUUGUAGUGUAUUUCCAGCUUUAUUUGCUUUUGGUUUACUUACACGCAUUUUUUACAGUUUUCAAAAAUCCGGCCUGAACUUUGCGUAUAACGAAAUGCUCAGAUUUGGAAAAUCGUUAAUGUUGAACAUGUAUUCCAUACUUAAAAAAGAAGAAAAAAAUAAGUGCAUGUUCUCUUAUUAUACAUAGAAUUGUCUAGUUAUAUAUUUCGAUAUAGGAAAUACGUAAUUGCCAUGCAAACAUAUAUUGUGUGCCAGAUAUCUAAGGGCCAAAGUUGUAUAUCAGAUACUUAUUUCACUGUACUUACGUGUCCCGUCAAUCUCCUAAUCUUUGUUAUUGUGCUUAGUAUUGCUGUAUAAAUAAAUUAUUUAAAAGGAAGAAA